AAUACUUUCUUUCAGUUCUCCUUCUGUAGCAUGAGGUGUCUGUUUGUCCUCUGAAGAGGAUUUACAUAACAGUCUAGAAGAGAGAGUAAAGCUUUCUAAGAAGUCAUGGAGGUGCUGGUGCUGAUCGCCUUUGAGGGCACAAUGGGAGAUGAGAUGACGGUGCAGGUGGGAGACGUAGUGACGAGUGUCACCAAUGCCAGCGAGGAGGGCUGGCUGGAGGGGGAACUGAGGGGCAAGAGGGGCAUCUUCCCCUCUAACUUCGUCAAGGAGGUGCCAGUGUUUUUGAUAGGUGACAGCAAGAGGGAACCAAGAAGCCUACGGAAAUCAAAGAUGAUUAAACAAACAAGGAAGUGUGAGGUGGCCUUUGCCUACACUCCCUUGAAUGAGGACGAGCUGGAGCUGGUUGUCGGGGAGACCAUUGAUAUCCUCAGAGAGAUUGAAGAUGGGUGGUGGAUGGGAAUGAAAAGUGGUAAAGUGGGAGCGUUUCCAUCAAACUUCGCCAAAGAGAUAUUUGUCUCUCCUAAAGAUGUCAAGCAUAACGAGGGCAAAACAAGACGCAAACUCUCAGAUACAAUGUUUAGUAAAGAGACAAAGCUACCUCAGAGGACGAGUGUUAGGAACAAAACAAAAAAUUUGAAAGAAUGUUGUCGAGUCAUGUUCGACUAUCCAGCCUUGACCGAGGAUGAGUUAAAUCUAAAGAAGGGAGACAUUGUUACAAUCAUCACCAAGGAAACAGAGGACGAGGGCUGGUGGGAGGGAGAGAUGAACGGACGCAGAGGUUUUUUCCCCGACAACUUCGUCAUGGUGAUACCGACGACAGACGGUCUCCAAUCUGAGAGCACCAGCCAACCACCUGCACGCCGUGGCACGGAAAGACGCUCAGUCAAGGCAGAGGGUUCAGCGAUGGAGAAGAGCAGCCCUGCAAAAGCAAAAGAUGAGAAACCAGAGAGUAAAGACCUGAGAAGCAACCCCCCAACCAAAGUCAAGCUCCCUGCUCCAAGUAGACCUGCACAACCACCUCCAGUGAAGGACAAGCCUCUGAAGUUUGGUAGUAGCAAAGCCAAUGGCGAUCUCCCUCCCCUUUCACCAAAAUGUUCAGAGGACAGCAACUCGGACCAGUUUGACGGAGUGGACGUGUCCCCUGAGAAACUGAGUCACCCCACAGCCAACAGAGCCAAACCCCCACAGAGACGACCUCCAUCAGCCCUCGUCAUCAGUCCACAGGCUCUGAGUGGCAGGGACCAGACAGAAGCAGAAAAAUUGCCUAAACUGCUGGAGAUUUCAGAAAGUCAUUCACCACCAUCCAAGCCUGAGCAUCCUACCAAGAAUCCAGUACCCUCCAGGCUAGCACUUCCCAAGGCUGUAUUGGAGGCCAGGGCAACCCAGGAGGAGAAGCCUUGUCUGGACAGCUUACACGCUGAGGUCAGGGAGCUGAAGAUGGCUCUGGAGCUGCUGCAAAACAGACAUGAACGAGACAUACAGGAAAUGAAAGAGGAACUGAGAGACGAGAGAAACAAACGUGUGGCGCUGCAGGAGGAGGUACAUGGUCUUAGGACUAAACAUUAAUCCUAACUGACACCAUGACCGGGCGGUACAUCUAAGUAAGGCUCUGUAAUGUCAUUCCCUUGAACAAACUUGAAGUGAAAUUAAAAUGUUCCUGGCAUUGGAGUGCAAGAGCAGAUAGAAAUGAUGCAUAUCUACUUCCUUUGCAGACAAACCAGCUGAGGCCACAUUAAGGGCUGGAAUCAAUCCGUAUCGCUGAAGUAUCACGGAAGAUCCGCUUUAUAGCUCGAUCAAAAAUGUAAAGGCAAUGUUCCCGCGUUUGCAUUUAAGGUAAACGCUACAUCGCAAAUUACCUUUAAAGGAAUACGUUGGGAUUUUGGCAAUGAAGUCUUUUAUCUACUUCCCCGGCGUCAGAUAAACCCGUGGAUACCAUUUUUAUGUCUCUGUGUGCAGUUUGAAAGAGUUUGCUAACUAGCGUUAGCUCAAUUUCUAACUAGCGUUAGUGCAAUGACUGGAAGUAUCUACUAUCAUGCUAGUAGAUACCAUAGACUUCCAGCCAUUGCCCUAACUCUAGUUAGCAUUGGCUCACAAAACUACCUCUAACAUUGAGUUCAUCUGACAUUGAGUUCAUCUGACUGGGGAAAUGGAUAAAGGGCUUCAUUGCCAAAAUCCCGAAGUAUACCUUUAUAUUUUAACACGGACCUUCCGCGAUACUGUCGCGAUAACGAUUGAAUACAGCCCUAGAUUGUACUCUUCCAUUUUGUUUGAGGGCAUUCUGGACUUGAUUGGCAAGGGACCAAAAUUGGCAAGGGGCCAAAAUGCUUUGUAUAUAUCGACCAAAAUACUUUGUAGCCGGGAUUCAAUUCAAGGUGGGUUAUAGCGCAGUGCACAAUACAACUGACAAUGUGCCUUUUAAAAGGACUUUCCCCCAAUAUUUACAUGGUAAACACUGCACACGUUGGACCAAGCCUAAAUCACUUUUAAAAGUAUGUUAUAGUGUGCCGUGCUUUAACACGGCACACUCAAUGCCUUGCAUUGAAUCCCGGCCUUUGGAUAGAAAAUAUGUUUUAUUUUAUAUUGAUGAUAUUGUAUAUUUCAUUGAAAGAACAACACCACCCGAAAUUACAGAGGACUGGUUUUAUACAUUGAAUGUGGGCCACGUUUCUCAGUGAUUAUUUUCCUGUAAAAGCAUAUUUCUUAUUUUUAUGAGCAUGUUUGGGAAUAUUUUGAAGCAUAGUGUUCGCGGAACACGAGUCAACUGAACAAACUACUUGUAUCUUGUGUAAACUGCCAUUGUAUUUAAGAGUAACUAUUUUGUGUCUCUUUUUUAAAAUAUAAAAUAGAACCUGACCAAAAUA